AUGGGCUUCCGACACUCGGCGUGGUGCACUUGGCUGUAUGCGAACGGAAUUUGGCCUACGAUUCUCUGCGAGUCCGGGCCGUAUGGAAAUGACUUCGGGCCCCUCCCGAGCGAUCCGGAGGUGCGGCAACGGAUGCUACGUGCCACGCCGCUGAUCGUCAGCAACCACGUGAGCUACCUGGACACGGUAGUGCUGCCAUGGGUUCUGGAGGUCCCGAAGCUCGUGGCCAUGGCUGAGGUGGCCUCAUGGCCGCUUUUUGGCCAACUUUGCCAGGAGUUGGAGAUGAUCUGGGUAGAUCGCUCCAAUCCUGAGUCUCGACGUGCGGCCAAGGUGGAUGCUUGUAUUGGGCUCCAGAAAAGGAUUUUCCCAGUGCAGCCUACAGCCAGAACAAUGCUUGUCUCUGUUCCCCCGAACUGGAAACGCGCCUUGCUCGUGGUGCCGCUCCAGAGCUUGCUGGACGUGCUGUGGUACGGAGCUUGGUAUUACUUCAAUGACUCUGGCGUCUAUCCGCAAGAGUACUGGGACAGAGUUGUGCCGUGGCUUGCUCCCUUCGCCUGGAUUCCUAUGGGCCUGGCUGUCAGCAUGGGGGAGCCGAAAAACCUUCGGGAAGCUCUUGGUUUCGGUGCAUGGAUUGGCUUCAUCACUUUUGCCAUCUAUGCCGGUGUCGAGCUGACCUUCGAUCCAGAGGCCAUUGCCAACCAUGCCACGGAGUGGCAACGAGGAGAGCGACCUCUGUUGAUCUGGCCGGAAGGCACGACAUCCAACGGCCAGGGAAUCAAAGACUUCAAGCAUGGUGCCUUCUUGCCCGGGGUGCCCGUGCGGCCCGUGUUGAUCAAGUACACAGGUGACUGGGAUCCUUCCAAUGUCAGCUUCCGAGAUGCUCAGGGCGAGAUGAAGCCAGCGGAGGCUUAUGGCGAUCGCCAGUGGUUAGAGCAGUUUUUGGGUCACAUGCUGCACAGCUGCACAGUGCUCAUCUGCAAGCCUUACACCCCGAGCGAGGAAGAGAAAGCGAACCCGGAGCUGUUCAAGGCGAAUGUGCACAAGCUGAUGUCAGAGAGGCUCAACGAGCUGAACGACUACACGGAACGCCAAAGGGAAAGCAAGGGUGCCGGAAUCCCCAAGGGCUUGAAGCAAGUUGGCGGCGCGCUCUUCGGCAACGUCGAAGCCUUUCUGCAGUCGGCACAGCAUCGUCUGUCGGAGAAGUCCGAAGAAGUACAGACAUCCAUUCCGUGGCUGCAGAAGCUGACGACUCGACUUCGACCGAAGACCGACGGAUACAUCGCCUGA